CGCGCCAAGUGCCUAGGAGAGGAAGCGCAGCGACGGAGCCGAGCUAAGCUCGGCCUUCCUCGACCGACCGUAGGCGCAGUCUCUCAUCGUCAGUCUUUCUCGUCCCCAGCCCCGUGAGAGCACGCUUUCGGGGUCAGAUCUAUCUUCCGAGUGUGUCCACCUCGACGCCAACCCUCAGCUGUCCCGGUCACCGACCUGACGGCCAGUCGGUUCUCGCUUUUAACGCGAUAUCCCUCACGUAACUGUGUUCAGUGUCUCGAAGUGUUGGCCUGCGGUGUGCAGUCAAUCAGUAUCGUAGCACAGGCGGGAGUAAACAGAGCAGCAUCAGUGUGCUCUUUCUCCCUUUUUCCCUCUCGUCCAUUGUCCUCUCGUUGGUACAAAAUAAUCGUCAAUCAACAGCUCGGUUAUUUUUCUCGACUUACAUCCCACGUUGAUUAGAGUCGCAUCGCGCGGCUACAGGAGAAUUUGAACGAAAACUGCAGGAAGCAUGGUGGAUCAACAGCAGUCGGAUCAGCAACAGGAAGCUGUGCCAAGCGUGGUGGAGUUGAACGUGGGCGGUGUAUUUUACACAACUGCUUUAACCACCCUCACCCGGGAGAGCGAUUCUCAUCUGGCCGCAUUGUUUUCGGGAAAAACGCCGGUCGAGAAGGAUGCGAAGGGAAAGUAUUUCCUGGACCGCGACGGUGUACUGUUCCGUUACGUGCUCGAUUUCCUGCGCAAUCAGGCACUCGUUCUGCCCGAAGGUUUCCGGGAGAAGGAACGCUUGAAACAGGAGGCGAAUUUUUACGGUCUCCCCGGAUUGGAACGUGCCAUUAUGGAGAACGGCAAGUCUUCCGGUUCCUUGACCUCGCCGGGAAAGAGAGCAACCGGUCACAUAACCGUCGGUUAUCGCGGAAGCUUCGCGUUCGGCCGCGAAGGCCUGCCGGAUGUCAAGUUCCGGAAACUAUCGAGGAUCCUCGUAUGCGGUCGCGUUACUCUAUGCAGGGACGUGUUCGGAGAAACCUUGAACGAAAGCCGCGAUCCGGAUCACGGUGCUUCCGAUCGUUACACAUCCAGAUUUUUCCUGAAGCACAGCUCGAUCGAGCAAGCUUUCGAUAUGCUACAAGAGCAAGGAUUUAAGCUGGCCGGAAGUUGCGGCUCCGGCACAGCUGGCAGCAAUUCGGAACAGCUGAAGCCCGGAAUGGAUUCCGAGGAGAAUCGUUGGAAUCAUUACAACGAGUUUGUCUUUGUUCGCGAUUAAAUAGCAUUCCUUCUUCCUCCUUGGUUUCGAAUUAGCUAAACGAGCCGGUCGCUGGGAAUAGUCGGUGUCAUUUUAUUCGAUCGGCUCGACGAGAUUCAAUUCCAACAACCAAAUGGAAUUUCGGGAUUAUUUCGUCCGUCGAACGACAGACACGGGACAGCAAUUCGCUAUCCGAAGACUCUUCCUUCUCGAACUGAUCGUAACCGGUAGGGUAAAAAGUAGCGAUGAAUCUUUUUCGUCGAACAUUGUGCAUGUACUAUUCAAACUCAUCGAGCUAAUAAAAUGACGAUGACACGUAUUCCUCUAUCAAGAUAUUCUUUGCUCGUUUCUUCCAUUCGAACGGACCCGAAAUGAUCGUUAAAGAAAGGGACGUGACGUUGUAUUUGGAUGAAGUCAGAUCGCAAACGAGGUGUCUUUGUUGAAAUUAGCAGACUCCCCUCGUACACGUGCACUUUAACGUGGCGAAGCACUUUCGUCGAUGAAACAAAGACCAGUUCAUCUUGCUUGAUUCUGCGGUAAUUGGCGGUGUUAAGAAGACCGAGAGACAACGGAAAGUUUGAAGAAGACGAAGCAAACGAUACUGGAUCGUCGCGACUUGAAGAGUUUGCUUUAAUCUUCGACCAGUGUGAAGAUUGUAUUUCAUCUGUACAACGGAAACUUUAAUGGUAACGUCUCGAAGAAUAUAAAGAAGAUGUUGAAUGAUACGAAAAAUCAACGUUUGAUCGUCAAAUUUAGAGGAAGUUUCAACGAAAGAUCCUCGUUUUCUUUUUCCUAUUCAAAUCUAUUCAUCACGCAUCUACGUUCUUCCUGUUUAAUCGUUCGUUUGCUGAAUAUCGUAUCAUUCCAAUUCGAAUAAUAUGAUCCAAACUUGGGCAUCGAGAAUCAAAGACUCGUUAGAAAUACUGUCUACAUUAUUCGGAAGGAGCUUCAUAAAAAGGAUACAAAAUAAAAUGCAGGAUCUUUGCAAUUUUUUCACUCGUAGCCGUAAAUACGCAGGAAAGAAGAAUACCAUUAGAGGAUGAAACUUUAACUAGACCAAGUAGCGUAAAGCAAUCGAGACGAUUCAUCGUUUGAACCAAUGGUCAUUUUCGAACAAAAAACAAAACGAAACAAAAAAAAAACAAAACGGGUAUAAAAGACGAUCGAAGGAUUUAGAAUGAGAGAAUUAAUCAGGCUGUCUACCUGAAGUUUCUCUUCCGAUAACGUAAUUCAUCUCUAUCAAUGCUAUCGUAACGAGCAGCUGUAAGGAAGGAAGGAAGGACAGAUUCAGGAUUCAGCUUCAAACAACGCUGGCCGACUGUUCGAGGCUGAACUUGAUAUUGAACAGUUUGAUUGUGUGCCACUGAAAACGAGCCUCCUGUGUCUACGUAUCGUGUAACCAGUAGCUUGUGUGGACAUACAAGCCAACACGGUGUUAAACACAUGUCGAGCGAUCCGAGUAACGCGUACGUCGAACGCCUCUGAUAAGGCAUUCUUGAUUUAGAGACUGUUCUUUAUUUCCUAAUCAAUAUACAUAUAGAGAAGGAUUUUAAUUUUGGGCGAAAAUACCGCGUUUGGUAAAAAUAAUUGAAUUUAGUAGGUCGUUGAAGGUUUCGCGCGUUCGAGCGCGUGUAGGUACAUUUUCCUUAGUUGCUGAUUGAAAAUUAAAUCUGUGUAUAACGAAAUUCUCGAAUUAAGCGAUGUUGAGAAGGUUUAUCAGAUAGGAAAGGAAUAAAACGGAAGUGUCGACGAUGCGACGGGAGGAAUCGGAUUUUUAGAAAGCGACUUCUAGUUAUAAUUAGACGACUAAAGGGUUCGAAUCGUCGUUUAUCGCUAAACGAUUAUCGUGUUGUUAAGAUUCCAUUGUCUCGAUUUCAAGAGGUGUGGCCAAGAUAUAGAUUUCCUAUUAAUUAGAAACAUAUCGAAUGAUUGAACGUUUAUGUGCUCCAAGUUCCGACGAUAAAGAUAAUUGCAGAUAAAUAGCGUUAUACGAUAAGCGAGGUCGGCGAGCAACAGAUAGGAAGACUUACCGAAUUGUAGAGAUGGUAGGGUUCCCGUGAACUUUUCUGAAAUGCUGGCAAUUUUUCAAGAUAAACGAGACGAUGUCAAGACUAAACGCACGGUUCCUUUCGAGAAACUUCAAACAUCCAUAUUCGAACGAAACCUUUGUAUGAAUUUUAUUCGACCCGAGGAAAUCUCUUGGCCUGUUUCUUCUUUAUUUUUUCUACUUUAAACUUAGCUCGCACGCUUCACCUGAUAAAGUUUCCGCGUGACUGUUUUUCUCAGCUGCGAAACAACCUUAUCUGUGUCUUACGCGAUCGUAAACUCCUUUUUUUCCGGCACACUAGCUUUUAUUAGACAGAAUUAUUUAUCAGCUUGCCUGGUGUCCUUUUUUUUUCUUCAUUCGAACACCCCAGAAUCGACUUGCAAAAUAUUUGGAGCGUUUCGAAUCGAACGGAAAGAAUAAAAGGCGGGGAUCGAUAGGAUCGAUGCGGCAAGAUAUUGAAAAUCCUGUUGAAUUUUUCAAUUUCAACGAGAUUCCAUUUUCCACGCCAUUCCUCAGUAGAUUGCAGAUAGCUCCGGUUUCCUUCCCCUUUUUUUUUUUUUUUUGAAAUUUUUCACGGUAUUUCCGCUGCCUGGACGUGCAUGCAUAAAACAAGGGGACGGAAGCGACUGGUAUAAUCCGAUCGGUUCAAGGCGAGAUCUUCUCGUCCGGAACAGUGAAAUUCGGUAAGAGCAAAGCCGACCUUUAGUGCUCUGACGAUCGUAUGGUUCAUCGAUAACAUGCCCGACGCGUCAAAGGGGCGAAAGGUACGGACGAUCUAGGCGGGAAUCGUUCGAAUUCGCUGACAGAGGUAUCGGCUAUGGUCAUUCUCGUUAAUUCGCGUAUAUAGAAUACAGGCCAUGGAUGUGUCCGAGAUCGAUCCGGGUACGUCGAAGGUUACUUAGGUGUCUCGGGAAUCGUUUCCUUAAGACGACCUCUCGGAAUCGCGAAUUCGUGCCUCGCGACGGAGAUGUUUGCUUAAACGACAUAGCUCCAGGUGCACCGAUAAAUCCGACAAUGAAUAUUAUUUCAUCAAACAUUAGUUUUCCUAAGGUUCUAGUUGCGCAAAGUAUUAGAUUUGCAAUUUUAGAAAAACAUUGCUGUAGAUUAUCCACUUCGAAGUUCAAUUUACCCAAACGAUCCUUCGGUUCCAUUCGAUGCAAAUUGUCAGGAAUAGAGAUCAAUAUAUCGCGCGAUUAGCACGGUGAACAGAGUUCGACAAUGCUCGAAGCGGAAUUCAAACAGGUUGAUGGGCAAGCUACUUGCCACGAAAUUCCCUGAAUCAUGCAAAUCCAUUUGGCCACAUUCCUAAGCUCGGUGUACCUGGCGUCUCGAGUCGGAUCAGGCUCGAAAGGAUCUUCGGUUCCUUCGGUGGCCCCGAUAUUGUCGGCUACUCCGGAUAUCUCGCACGAACGCAGCCCAAUUCCAGAAGUCGUUGCGAUCGGGAACGAACGAUCUAGGAUAUCGAGGCGCGAUCCUCGGAUCGAUCAGCCGCCACGCAGCGAAAGAGCGGUCCUAAUUCGUAGAUUAGAAACGGUGCAUCGCCUUUUCCAUUCGCCGUAAAAGGAAACGAGUUUCGAACGAGCGUAUUUAGUUAUCCGAAGAAGGAACAAUACUUUAACCCUUUUAAGAAGGAUUUGUUAAAAAACAUCCUUCGUUACUUUGUCGUUAUUGGUAAUUUGUAAAAUUAGUUCCCGAAGCAAGAGGCGAUGAUAAAUCAUUAUCACUCUAGCAAGUAAAAGUGGUGUUACUUUGAGCCUAAAAGGGUUAAACUAUGUUACGAGGGUUUCUCUCGUCGCGUGUUCGAGCCACUCUUUUCCUUCUUUGACGAAAUGGAAUUCAGCGAGUAGAAAAGCGAGAAGUUGCGUGCACCCUCGGCGAACAAACGCGUUAAAACGCCAACCCUUCCGUCGGGCAUGCUGCCAAGAUUUUAUUCCGAACCCUUCAACCGUGACCGAAGCGAAUCGCUUUUCCCGUAGAUUUUCCUCCCGUGAAAUCUACCGAGUAAACUUCGUGCUGAGAAUCUAUUUGGGAAGCUAUCAAAUCGGAAACCUAUUUGUUACCUCACCUCGUAUAUUUCUAUGCCGGUGAGUCAGAAGAUCGAGAAUCUGAAAAUUGAACAACGAGACUCGUACACUUUCAUCAGCUGAAUUAUUGUUCGUUGAUCUUCCAUUUUCGUUUUGUUCGGCGACGUUUGGGUGAAAUGAAUUGAAAUAACGACUAAAGAUCGAGAGCCUCGUUGUUUGUUCUCUGGUUUCGCGUUUGCUCGACGCACGUGCGGGCGACUUUCUCAAAAGUGUUAGGUAGCGUGUAAGGUAAGAUGCUACAUCGUGAAGAUACUGAAUCAUUGUACAUGUAUAUACAUAAAUCGAGAGAGGAAAAAUAAAAGGAUGAUACGACGUGCA